AUGUGGCCUGAUGGCGCAGAGUUGCCCCGAAGCCAAAGCGCUCGGUGGGCGGCGCUGUGCUCACGAAACGCAGCGAAUUGGAAAAAGCUGGGAGUGCCGUCAAUGUUGGAGCCGGCUCAUGUUACCCUCAUCGUUAACAGUGAUAAUUCGUCUGCGCAAGUAAUGACGGCGACGUGCGUGGACGAGUUUUCCGUUCCUCUUACGUCACGCUCAUCCGGUGUCAACAUAGCAUCAACUAACAGUUCUGAGGAUCUCGUUGCUCGAUCCGCUUACAUGAAAAAGGUCGACCCCAGACAGCGUAGAAUGACUAGAAUAACUUCGCACACUCUUCUAUAUGUGCCGGAAUAUCGCCGUACCAGUGACGUCUCUGGAGCGUCUAUUGUAAGUUGUCCAUGCACCGGAGAACUCAACCAAGACAUCAAUCUCACACCAUUAGCACACCCACCAGGCAGCUCGAACAUCAGUCCAACGUCACGUAGAAAAAGUGUCCAAACAGGAGCUCCAGCAAUCGGAUUUCGUCCUUUAAAAACAUUCGAACGACGUGCCAGUCAGCCAACGCUCCAGCUGGAGAUGCAAGCAACAAAAGUCGCUGUCGAACCUCUCGAAUGCAAGGACAAAACUAAGAUGCUUACGAAGCGUGUCAGCUGGUUGUCGAUGAAAAGUCUUCAAGAAAGCGAAAAAGAGCGCCGAAGGACUAGUUCUCCAUCGAAGUUUGGAUGUGAUUCUCGAACAGCAAGUCAGUAUGGUAGCCAGAUUCAGUUAUACUCGGAACAUGACAUUGAUAGCGACACGCCACCAUUGGACACUCUGAGUUGGAGCAAUGCUGGUAAUGACAUUUCACUUGGCCAUUAUUACGAAUACGACAAUGUGACAUUGAUGUAUGCUAAACACGAGAAGAUUCCGAUGAAAGAUUUCGGAUCAGAAAUUCGUGCCACUAUGGAUAUUGAUCAUUUGCUGAACAAAGCUGUCUUACUAUUGGAUUUACAAGAGACCAGUCUUGAAGAGAUCUUUGCCAAGUAA